AUGAUUCAUUGUAAAAUACCUGAAAAAACACGAAAUAAUGUAACAGAACUUUUAUUGGAGUGGUUUUCUAGUAGCACAUUAGAUAAUAUUCUGUGGGAAUGGGAGUCUUUGGGGACAAGAAAUAGUCGCUCAUUUCCAAGUCAACAUAUUCCCUUAAAUUUUCUUGUAUUCAACGUACAAGGAUGGGGUACUCGUUCACUAGAGGUAGUCGACUUAAUUCACAGUAAGGAUGUCUCUUUUUGUGUUUGCACAGAAGUAGGAGAGCUUUGGAAAAGUUUUAAAGUACCAGAUUUUGUUACGUUCCGCCAAGAAGGGAUUAAUCAUAGUGGCGGAGUUUGUGUAAUAGUUGGAAAACAUUUAAAAGCAACUAGAGUCGAAACAAAUAUUGCAAAUACAGUAAUUGUGGAUAUGGUGGGACUAUCUGAAUCCAUUCGAGUGAUCGGUAUUUAUUGGCCACACAGCCAAAAACGAGAUUUAAAUGAUCUUUGUCCAUAUCUAAUUAAAAAUACGAUAAUAUCCGGAGAUUUUAAUGCGACAGUAGCGGGUUGGGGAAAGAACCAAAUAACGGACACUCGGGGACAAACUCUACAAAAAUGGAUUCAAAAUAAUAAUUUUUCAUUCAUCCCAGGUACUUUUAACUCUUCUCGUAGAUCUGAGCGUAACAUUGACCUAACUUUUUCGAAUUUUUCGGGAGUAUUGGGUGAAACCUUAAGAGCAGGAACGAGUGAUCACUGGCCUCUAGUUUGUACAUCGACAUAUAUUAGUUUUGAAAUGUCGUCGCAGUUUCCAAUAGUUAAAUGGAAAGAAUACGAAAUUAUUUUAUGUCUCCUUCAAGACUUUUGGUUGGUAGAACUAAAAAAGUCCGCGCCCCUUGAGUGGUACAAAGACUAUACCCGAUUUUUGGUAGCCUUAAAAAAUAGAGUGACAUUUUAUUUAGCAAAACAGAAGUUCAGACCGGCAUUACCUAAUCUUAUACUGGAAAAAUUAAAAGUGGUUAGAAAAUUUCGAAACUUGUAUUACCGGAAUAGAUAUGAAAGAGACAGAAUAAUACUUCGACAGUUAUCUAGGGAAGUAAAAAAUGAAAUUUACAAGUAUAGAUCUGUUAGGUGGAAUACGUUUCUUAGUUCAAUCCAAAAAUACCACGAAAAAAAGAUGAAUCAUCAUUUUGGCCUUAUCUCGCUCAUAUAUAUCGCUCAAAAGCCAUUCCCUUCUCAAAAUUGUUGGUAAAUAAAGAGGUAGUUUCGGAUGUUGCAAAAAUAUCUGAUGAAAUGUAUAAAUACUAUAAAGAACAAUUUAAAGAAGUCAAAAUUAAUAGCAAUAAAUUAGAGGAGGUCAAAAUGUUAAAGGAAUAUAAUGAAAUCUUAGUAAAGUUAAAGACCUGUAAUGAGCAAAUCCUCCCAACCUCGUCACUAGAAAUAAAUAAAUUUAUUAGUAAAUUAAAACCCAAGAAAUCAGCAGGUUUAGAUGAAAUAUCAAAUUUUAUGUUAAAGUUAUUACCUCCGGGUUAUAUUGAGUGCUUAUCUACCUGUUUUAACGAGUGGCUUAAAAAUAGUUUUUUUCCUGAGGAGUGGAAGUUAGCAAAACUAGUUA